UCUUACACAACUUUUUCUAACGGGGUACGCAUAUAUUUUGUAAAUAUUAUUACACAGAAGCCAAAACCUAAGGAACAGCAAAAACAAUCGCUCGCGAGUGUAUGUGUGUGUGUUAAUUUAAUAUUCAUCGCUUUGUUUAUUAGAAUGCUUGCAUCCGGAAACCUACAAAUAGAAUGGUUCAUCCUAUCGAAUCAAAAAGCAACAUAUGGGAGCUACCAUCGACCUGGUAUGUGAUGGCAUUUGCUCUGCGCUGACCAGCGAGUUUCCAAAGUGGAACAAGGAGAAUAUGUUGGAGUGGGCAGAGAAUUUUGAAAAGCAAUGGAACUUCCCACAUUGCAUUGGUGCCAUCGACGCUAAACACAUCCAAAUUAAGAGCCCUCUUAAUGAUGACGAUGAUUUUUACAAUCACAAAGGCUUCUACUCGAUUGUCCUAAUGGCAGUGUGCGAUGCAUCCUAUCGAUUCACAUUCAUCGAAGUUGGUGCUGGCGGUAGGGAGGGAGACACGAAUGCUUUUUCGCACAGCAAACUGGGAAAGGCAGUAUUGUCGGAUAGUCUGGAGUUUCCCGGAAACGAGCGAUGUGUUCCCAUUAAAUAGCAGGUUAAUGAAGCCGUACGGAUCUAGAAAGCGGGAUGUACCCGAGCGGAUAUUUAAUCAUCGCUUACAUCGAGCUCGACGUUGUAUAGAUAAUGCCUUUGGAAUACUUUGCGCCAAGUGGAUGGCCGUGCAACGCACUCAGUUAAGCAAUCCGGAUACGGCCCAGAAAAUUGUUGCAGCUUGCUGUUCCUUGCACAACUUUGUAUUACGAACGAGUCCCGCAGACCAAUACUUACCGAAGGAUCUGGACGCACACACCCUCACACAUACAAAGUACAUACGCGACAAUAUAAAGGAGUAUGUCAACUCUUCAUCGGCUUCUCUGCAAAAUGAAGCUGCUGAAGUGUAAUCAAUUCAAUAACUUUUAUUAUUUUUCCAGGCAAUAAUAAAAUAUCCUGCUUAGUCUUAAU